UACAACGGAAGUGCGUGUGAUAUGAUCGGAUAUGAUCUAUGAUAUGAACACUCGGAACACUUUAUGUGUAAGGUAACAAAAAUCAAUGUAAAGAAAGUGAAUUAACCUUGAAAGGCUUUGUCUACCAGUCACGUCGGCUGUUGAUUUAAACGGUUAGUAGCUACAGAUUCUAAUGGCCAACGAGCGUCUUCGUGCUUUGGAGGAUGUCGAGAAAGAGAUUGCAAUCAUUCUUCAUUGUGCCGGAACUAUUGUUCUGGAAUUAUCGAAGGACAAACACAAUGCCAGCCUCAUCGAUCGGCAGCUCAGUCAAUUCAUAGCCUCAGUCAACAGAGUGGAGAACGAGUUGAGCUCUCAAAUUCGCUACCUCACACAGGUCGCUACUGGUCAACCACAUGAGGGCUCAACGUACUCUGCCCGCAAGGACUGCCAGAUGGCACUCAAUAGAGCCGAGUACACACGGAUGAAGCUUGGGGAACUAGCCCGUACUUGUGAGAUCAUGUUGGACCCACAGACCUGAUCUUUCCUCUUUGAUUGUUAGUCGUUUUUGUCUUUGCGUUGUCAAGUAGGAAUAAAGAUAUGAUUUUAUUAUAAA